CAAUGUGUGUUUUUAAAUAAUGACACUGAAAGUAAAACCGUCUGAUUUUCUCCACAUGUUAAUCUGUGAGAGUAAUUAGUUUUCACAUCACUGUGAAUGGGUGAAGAUGAUGAAGAUGAUGUUGAACUCCUCACAGGUGUCACAUUUCACUCUGGCUGCUUAUUCUGACCCCGGUCUCUUCAAAUAUGUGAUCUUCCUGAUUCUGCUGUGUUUCUAUGUGCUGAUCAUUGUUGCUAAUGUGCUGCUGAUUGUAGUUAUCUGUAUGAACAGAAGUCUACAUGAGCCUAUGUACCUGUUUAUGUGCAGUCUGUUUGUAAAUGAAGUGUAUGGCAGCACAGGCUUGUUUCCAGCCCUGCUGCUUCACAUUCUCUCUGACGUUCACACCAUCUCUGCUGUUUUCUGUUACCUGCAGAUCUACUGUGUAUAUUCUUAUGCCACAAUUGAGUUAUUCUGCCUCACUGUCAUGUCCUACGACCGCUACCUCGCCAUCUGUCGCCCUCUGCAGUAUCAUGCAUGUAUGACAAGCAGAACAAUCGUGCUGCUCAUCGCCCUGAGUUGGUUGUUCCCUCUUCUUGCAAUCAUUGUUUUGAUGAUGCUGACUUUACAUCUGCAACUGUGUGGAAACGUCAUCAACAAAGUUUACUGCGGAAACUACUCCAUUGUGAAGUUGGCGUGCUCUGAUGCAAGAGUCAAUAACAUUUACGGACUUGUGUACACCAUGAUCUCCAUUGUUUUCCCGCUCAUACUGAUCUUGAUCACGUAUGUGAGGAUUUUAAAAGUCUGUUUCUCUGGUUGUAAACAGACGAGACAGAAAGCUGUCAGCACACGCACACCUCACCUGGCCUCGCUGCUCAAUUUCUCCUUUGGCUGCUUAUUUCAAAUAAUACAGAGCAGGUUUGAUAUGAGCAGUGUCCCUAAUAUUCUGAGCAUCUUAUUAUCAUUGUACUUCCUGACAUGUCAGCCGCUGUUCACUCCGCUGCUCUACGGACUGAAAAUGUCUAAAAUCUGCACCAUAUGUAAACGUCUGCUGUGUGGUGGCAGAUGAAUCAAAGUGAAUUACUGUCAUAAGUAAUGUUUAAUGUCACUGGAAACUGAAUUAAACAUGUUAUU